GCCUCAGUGUUGGACACCUUAUCUCCUACUCCAUGCCAGAUUCCAAUGUAACUGACUUCACCAACCCCUCCACCUUCAUCCUGCUGGGCAUUCCUGGCCUGGAAGUGGCCCAUGUCUGGAUCUCCAUCCCCUUCUGCAUCAUGUACAUCACAGCCAUCUUGGGGAACUUCACCAUCCUGUUCGUCGUGAAGAUGGAGCCGAGACUCCAUGGGCCCAUGUACUAUUUCCUUUGCCUGCUGGCCAUCACCGACCUGGUUGUAUCUACGUCCAUUGUGCCCAAAAUGCUGGCAAUAUACUGGUUUGAUUCCAGAGAGAUCGAUUUCAGUUCCUGCCUCAUCCAAUUAUACUUCUUUCACUGCUUCUCAGUGAUGGAGUCUGGGAUCUUUGUGGCCAUGGCUUUUGAUCGCUAUGUGGCCAUCUGUGAUCCCCUGAGACAUUCUACCAUCCUGACAAGCCCAGCGGUGGUCAAGAUCGGCCUGGCCAUGAUGCUGCGAAGCAGCAUGGUUGUACUGCCAUAUCCCUUCCUUGUAAGGCAAUGGCCAUAUUGUAGAACCAACAUCAUCCCCCAGCCGUACUGCGCACAUAUAGCUGUGGUGAAUCUGGCCUGCACCGACACCCGUGUUAGUAGUUACUAUGGCCUCUUUGUGGUAAUCUGUGUGAUUGGUCUGGAUGUGAUUUUUAUUGCCCUGUCCUACACCCAGAUUCUCAGGGCCAUCUUCAGUCUCCCCACAAAGGACGCACAGAUCAAGACUUUUGGGACGUGCAUCUCCCAUCUUUGUGCCAUUUUAACCUUUUACAUCCCAAGUCUCUUCUUCUCUCUCAUGUUCCGGUUUGGUCAGAAUGUGCCUCUGCAUUUCCACAUUCUCAUUGCCAAUGUUUACCUCUUGAUGCCUCCUGUGCUAAAUCCUAUCAUCUACGGGGUGAGAACCAAACAAAUCCGGGAUAGACUGCUCUGGCUCUUUACUAAUAAAGGCACCUAA